AUGGAGCGCGAAGCAGUGGAGCGCGACGCGAUCACCUGCACCGCCGCGGCACGGGCGUGCGAGAAGGGGCGCCAGUGGCGCCUGGCGCUGCUGCUGCUGGCAUCGGCCAUCUCACGCCUCCUGUCUCUGGGCCUGGUGGGCUGCAGCGCCACGCUGGGCGCGUGCGAGAAGGGGCGCCAGUGGGAGCGGGCCCUCCUGCUGUGGCUGGGCAUGCGGCGCGGGCGCCUGACGCCCGACGCCGUGGUCCACGAGGCCGUGCUCACCUCGCUGGCGAGGUCCCAGCAGGCGCCCCGCGCCCCGCGCCUGCGGCGCCUGCUGCAGCUGCCGGGGGAGCCGGAGCUCUGCCAGCUGGCGGGCGGAGCGGGGCGACUGCCGCGGCGCGGCCGCGGGCACCAGUGGAACACGCCGCCCUCGCGCCUCUUCCUGCUGGGGGCCGGCCGCGGGGACGCGUCCGUGUACUGCGCCAUGGUGCAGCGGUGGCGCGGGCGGCGGCGGUGA